AUGGACAACUCCACCUCAAUGGCCAACCACACUGGGCAGAUGUAUUUCAUCCUAGUGGGGUUCUUCCUUCAGUCCAAGCACCCUGCUAUCCUUUGUGCAGUCAUUUUUGUGAUUUUCCUGAUGGCCUUGUCUGGGAAUAGCAUCUUGAUCCUUCUGAUUCAUUCUACUGCCCAUCUCCACACCCCCAUGUACUUUUUCAUCAGCCAGUUGUCUCUCAUGGAUGUGAUGUACAUUUCUGUCACUGUGCCCAAGAUGCUCAUGGACCAGGUCAUGGGCAUGAAUAAGAUCUCAGCCCCUGAAUGUGGAAUGCAGAUGUUUCUCUACUUGACACUUGGAGGUUCAGAAUUUUUCCUUCUGGCUGCUAUGGCCUAUGACCACUAUGUGGCUAUAUGCCAUCCACUCCACUAUUCUAUUCUCAUGAAUCAUAAGGUGUGUCUCCUCUUGGUGUCUGGCUGCUGGUUCCUGGGAUCAGUGGAUGGCUUUAUGCUCACACCAGUUACCAUGACCUUCCCUUUCUGCAGAUCACGGGAGAUCCAUCACUUCUUCUGUGAGGCCCCUGUUGUAAUGAAGCUUUCCUGUUCAGACACAUCCCUCUAUGAGACACUCAUGUACAUAUGCUGUGUCCUCAUGAUCCUCAUCCCUGUCACAGUCAUUUCAAGUUCCUAUUCUUUCAUCCUCCUCACCAUCCACAGAAUGAACUCAGCAGAGGGCCGGAAGAAGGCCUUCACCACCUGUUCUUCCCACAUGACUAUAGUAAUCCUUUUCUACGGGGCUGCCGUAUACACCUACAUGCUCCCCAGCUCCUAUCAUACCCCUGAGAAGGACAUGGUUGUAUCUGUCUUUUACACCAUACUCACUCCUGUGCUAAACCCUUUAAUUUAUAGUCUUAGAAAUAAGGAUGUCACAGUGGCUCUGAGAAAAAUGUUGAAUGGGGAAGAUGUCUUUCAGAAAACUGUUAAGUAA